AAAAAGAUGUUCUUGCUGCCUAACAACACAGCCUUGAAUUCUCUCUUCUCUAAUCUGCUUCAAGACUCCCUGGAGCAGUCAAAUAGCUCUGCACCUUCCCAGGUCAAAGGUGCCAGCAACAACCUGGAAAUCAUCUAUGUGCUGGUGAUAAUCGGCCUCUUUGGUUUCUUCACAGUGGGAGCCAUGCUGACCAAUAUCCGUUACAGGAGGCUGGAAGACUCACACAACCCCUACAACACCUACAUUGCCACAGACAUUUGGCACAGGAAGGACAAGCAGUAUUUUCAAGCCAAGCUCAUAGAAAAUUACAAGCUUUGCUGUGUCUUUGAAAACCAGCUGGCUGUGGAGCAGCCAGGCACUCAGAUUCCCGAGGUGAAGUCUCCCUAG